AUGGAGCCAGGUGCCCAAGAGAACAGGACAACUGUCACUGAAUUCAUCCUUCUUGGCUUGACAGGAAACAUAGGGCUGCAACCCAUCCUUUUUGCUCUCUUCCUCUUUGCCUAUGCAGUCACAGUUGGGGGCAACCUCAGCAUCCUGGCUGCCAUCUUUGUGGAGUCCAAACUCCACAUUCCCAUGUACUAUUUCCUGGGAAAUCUCUCUCUGCUGGACAUUGGCUGCAUCACUGUCACUGUUCCUCCAAUGCUGGCAUGUCUCCUGGCCCACCAGUGCAGAGUUCCCUAUGCUGCCUGCAUUUCCCAACUCUUCUUCUUCCACCUCCUGGCUGGUGUGGACUGUGACCUCUUAACAGCCAUGGCCUAUGACCGCUACCUGGCCAUCUGCCAGCCUCUCAUCUAUAGCACCCACAUGAGCCACAAAGUCCAGGGUGCCCUGGUAGGUAUUUGCUGCACCGUCUCCUUCAUCAGUGCUCUGACCCACACAGUGGCUGUGUCUGUGCUUGACUUUUGUGGCCCCAAUGUGGUCAACCACUUCUACUGUGACCUCCCACCCCUGUUCCAGCUCUCCUGCUCUAGCAUUCACCUCAAUGGGCAGCUGCUUUUUGUGGGGGCCACAUUCAUGGGAGUGAUCCCCAUGAUCCUUAUUUCCAUAUCCUAUGCCCAUGUUGCACUUGCCGUUCUACGAAUCCGCUCAGCAGAGGGGAGGAAGAAGGCCUUCUCCACAUGUGGCUCCCACCUCACUGUGGUCUGUAUCUUUUAUGGAACUGGCUUCUUCAGCUACAUGCGUCUGGGUUCAGUCUCAGCCUCCGACAAGGACAAGGGGAUUGGAAUUUACAAUUCCAUUCUCAACCCCAUGCUGAACCCGGUCAUCUACAGCCUGCGGAACCCUGAUGUGCAGGGUGCCCUGAAAAGGGUGCUCAUGUGGAAGAGGUCCCCAGCAUGA